AUGAAUAGAAUGUUAAUGAAUAGUAUUCAUUUAUCAUUUCCGAAUGAAUCUGCACUUCGAUUGUUAUUGGCUUGUGGAAAUCGUUGGCUUGAUUUAGAUGAAAUCGAAUCUUCUUCUGGUGAUACACCUCUUCAUAUCAUAUGCAAAAGAAAUAGAGAUCAAAAGAUCAUUAAAUUACUUUUGAAUUCUGGAUAUCAUAUGGAUUGUGUGAAUAAAGAUGGAAAAAUUCCAUCAGAUUAUGCAUAUGAUAAAGAGAUUAAAGCUUUGUUUACAACAAAACCAACUCCAGAUCGUCUCAAAUGCUUUUGUGCACGAAUUAUUGCUAAUAAACGUUUGAAUACUGGUACUUCGAGUGCAUUAACAUCAGCUUUAAAGAAAUUUGUUUUCUUACAUGAUAGUUUACGAAUUCAAUCUGAUUUUAACUAA